AUGCUGACUAUGUAUGAGAAUCACAACUCCAUAGCCGCUGAACGAAAAUCUACUUACACCGGUGGUCCAGUUCCCAUGGAAUUUUAUAUAAGUCAAGAGUUUUACUGCGGAAAGAAUGUUUACUUAUUCUUCUCCGAACUAUACAGCGAUAUAUACAACAUGGCUAAAGGUAUAGCGCCAUAUUGCAAAGAUCGAUCCUUCGUGUUCCUGGGUUUCUUACACUAUCACGAUGAACAGAAAUACUAUUUGAUAGACGAUCCCAGUAUAUCGUUUCCGACUGAUAAUUACUUACACGGCUUGGAAUGUCAUAUUGGUAUUUGUAUAUUUAGAUUUCCAUUUAAAAAGCUAAUGCAAAGAGAGAGGGAUGUCUCGACUUUGCCAAAGGCGAUCGUCAAAUGCGGUCUAGUAAUGUACAAGCUGCCGCCAUUGACCGCCACUUCGUGUAUCAUCACUUCCGGUUCUUUCAUCUUAGACUUCAACAUACAAGGGUUGAGAUAUCGACAUUACGAUUAUUUGCUGACAACUCCAAACGGGAACACUUAUUACACAAAAGAGGAUAAUACACCAUUAGUGUGCGACCACCAUGUCUGCGAGUGGAAUUAUACUAACCAUUACGGCGGUCCAUUUUUAAUUCCGGGCGAUCCUGGAACAGGAAUUGAUCCAGUACCACCAUACAUAGAACCUACACCUAAGCCAGAUGAACAUCAAGAAGAGGAAAAUAUUACUGUUCCCUAUGUCUUGGAUGGUUGUCUGUUCAUGUACCCACCAAACUACGGCUCGAUAGCUGGCAAGAGUUAUCUGGAUCAAGUUGAACUUCACGACGACAGAUUUACGUGUAACGCCGCGGGUGGAAAUAAGGGUCUCUAUUGGUAUCCGCAAUGGAUGGGUGCUCCGCCCCACCACCCAUACUCGUCGAUAGUGGAAGAGAAAGGGGCCUUCGAACCUCCCGGAGGAUUCUAUCCCCAACAAAACUACGAUUUGGGUGAUGAAGAUGUGGACUAGUGUGAAUUAUUAAGAAAAAUAAAUGUAUUUUUUUUAUUUGAAUUUACUGUAUAUGUUUGUAUUUAGGAGUAUAAUGAAGAAUAAAUAAAUAAUAAGAAAUUUGUUCCAAUAGCUGAAUCAAUAAAUGAGUUUCAAAUAAUAAGA